AUGCUUGUACAAUGUGUAAGCCUUAAUCCUUACGGGGCCGUAGAGAACCAACCCACAGCUUCAUCUAGAGAUUUGGAGAGUACAGAGUACACAGAAAAAACUAGUGGAUCUUGCAAGAAUUUUGUAUAUUAUCAAUUUGUAAAUAUACAACAGCCACAAAAUUACACUUCUGAAGCUACCGUAAUCUUGGUGUAUGGUCCCGCCCACUUCGGGAAUUACAACCACCUGUCAACCCGCCUCCAGAAGCCACUUGUAAGCUCAUUCAACUCUCAGUGGUCCAACCAGCCGGUUGGUCCCUCUCCUCUUCUACCUUCGCUCUACUGCCGCUCCAACCACAUCUUGCCUUGCUGCAUCUCGAAGAAGCUACCGUAUCCGUCUGUCAACAAUCAGCCAAUUAACGACUACACUUGCAACGAUAGGAUAGAGCAAGUAAAUACAGUAGUAGACCUACCAGUACACCCUCUUACAAUAAAACGAGAACUGGUCCCCGAACCCGAAUUCAUAGAUUAUCAAGAGUUUCAUAGUGAACAAGUUAAUACCGCUGUAGAGGCUCCAGAACCACUUUUCCUAAUCAAACGAGAACUGGUUCCCGACCAAGAACCUUUAGAUUACCAGGAAUUUUCUGUUGAACAAGUCAAUAACGUUUGUGAAACACCAGUAAACCCUCUUUUGGCCGAACGAGAACUGGUCCCCGAGAACGAAUUAGUAGAUAAUCAACAAAUUCUUGCCGAACAAGUGAAUUCGAGUGUAAAAACAGCACUUCACCAACCUCCACCAAUCCGAGAACUUGUCCCCAACGUAAAAGUUUUUUCUGCACUUAUUAUCAGGGAAAAUUUAACUUUCGAAAUGCAACAAAACCAAGUGAUAGAACAUUUGGAUGCUAUUUUUGAUAAGCUGUGUUUAUCUUCGUAUGCAACCAAACUUCCAACAUUUUCCGGGGAACAAGGUGGCAGUGGUUUGAUGAGUUUUUUGCAAAAUUUCAUAGAAAUAAGUAAAAUCAUGGGACUGACAGCCCCUCGGAUGGCUAGAUUGUUACCUGCACACCUUAAAGGCACAGCAAAAGCUGUUUUUGAUAACUUUACCGAUGCACAGAAAGAAAAUUGGGACACAAUUGUUGCUGCUUUGCGUUCACAUUUCGCUACUAGUCAUUUCUUGGAUACAGCGCGAGAAAAACUCAUGGAUUUAGGAAUGAGGAAUGGCGAAUCACCAACUCUGUUUUCCAGUAGAGUAAGACGUAACGUAUUGGAAGCUUAUCCAGAGGCUAAUGAGGAAGACACUAGGAAAUUUCUCCGAUCAGUAGUUUUGAAGAACGGAAUUUCACCAAAAAUCAAACAAAAGCUCAAACUAUUGGGUCCGCUUCCCGCCGAUUACGACGAUUUGCUCAAAGAAUCCGAACGUGUUUACGAUUUGAUCCAAACAGAAGAAAAUUCUGUAGGAGAUUCGCUGCUUAUGGAAAAAGUAGACAAAAUUCUCGAUAACAUGAGUUCAGCCCCCAUCAAUAGCAUCUAUAGAGGAAAUUCCUAUAGACCCCCAUACAAUAAUCCACAAUUUCGAAGCAGAUUUCGUACACCGAGAAAUACCGGACGCUACAAAUCUCCUUUCAAUCCUAGACAAAAACGAUUCAAUUCAGAUAGAAAACAUCCAGGUAUACCUAUUCAGCGAAAUUCUUUUGGUGAAGAUUUUGACAGAGAAGCAGUUAGUAAUGUUCAUUAUAUAGAAUCGAAAGCUUCUGAUAUACUUUUGAUGGGAAAACAGAAGGUUAUUCAAGCACUAGGUGGAGACCGAAAGGUUAGUCUUGUGACAUUCGCACAUUCUGCUCGAGUGCUUUUUGUCCAGUUACUUGAAGAAGUCAAAUGGGUGAAAUCGUCGAAAAGUUCGAAUCAUGUGCCAGAGGAGCUUGUGGUGGCUCGUCUUUCUGCCUUCCAAGCGAUCUUUGCUGUUGAUUUGCUAACCAAGUUUGCCUACCUUCACCUUCUUGCUAUGAUUCAAGAACGAUUUACUCUAAAACCGAAAAUCUCCUCAGUGAAUGAAGCAAAUUUUGCCGCGAUUAAAUCAGGUUCUGCAUUAUCGAACAUCAAAGUUGCUUCGUCGUUGUUUCCUCUUAUCAAAGAUAUAAAGAACGGCAUGAUCAUUCUUACCAUUCCUGAAGAAUUUGAAGUGCAUCUGACAGUACUUGGUGAAAGAGAGUCAAUUCAGUGGACGCUUUUGAAUAUAAAAAUGCUUGUCAAGACUAUGAAAUCGUUAUGGAGCCAAACUCGUGCAUUCUUUGCAGCUGAAUACGCUACACAAGUGCUGCAGUCUAGAACGGACAUUGCGAAGAAUGUUGGUGUUGUCUUUGCAGCUUUCCUGUCCCUCAAUAUUGUUCUUUGGUCGCAUUACUAUAUUUAG